AUGUAUUCAUCUCCUGCUGGCCACCCUCCGUGGCAGACUUCAUACCCGUCGCUGAACAACCAGAAUCAUGCUUACAUCCCAGUUCCUGCUCGAAAUGCGUUUGGUUCUCAACCUCCUCUUCCUCCGCCACCGGCAUAUUCUCCAACUCCACUGCCGCCUCAGCAGUACAUGUCCUCACCACCAACGAGCACUGCGACAAACACUCCACCGCCCCAACCACAGCAGCCAGCAAGGCAAAAGAUAGCCUGGCCUCCAGAGGUCCGUGACUAUGUCAACCGCUCCUUCGCCAAAGCCGCAGAAGUACGGGAUGUCUCGAAGGAACAAAUUGAAUCAAAACUCAAAGAAAUCAUCACUGAUGCAACUCAGAAUGGCAAGUUGGAUACUAUCAAUUGGAAGGAGCUGCCACUACCGCAACAAAUGAUUCGAGAUGAACGCAAUCGUGCUCUUCUUGCCCCUAUGAUCCCUCCAUCUUAUGUUCCUCCUGUACUUGUUCCAGCCGCUUCCACCACUCCUUACCACGCUCAACCGGAUGUCCCACGUAAGCGCAAAUCCACGGAGCUUUCAGCUGAUGGCGAGUUUCCUACAUCACAACCGCCUUGGAGAACGAAUGGACGAUCCUCGGGAGCUCUGGCUGACCGUGUUUCCUUCAACCCGUCCGAGAAGCGACCCAAACUCGACCUGAAUAAAUCCGUAAGUAAAACCCACGCAAGCCUGGAAUCGCGCAGGCGGCGAUUCGAAGAGUCACGGGCGGGAUCCGACUCUCCGCGCGCACAAGAGUCGUCUCGGGUUGCCUCGCCGGAGCCGAAUGUGACUGGACCCAUUAUUGGCCGCUCGCAAAAGCUCGAGAAGAACUACUUCAGAUUGACUUCGGCACCCAACCCUGAUGACGUACGACCUCUGGAUGUCCUCCGCAAAACUCUGGAACUGCUCAAGAAGAAAUGGCGCACCGAGGGCAACUACGUUUACAUUUGUGAUCAGUUCAAGUCACUGCGGCAAGAUUUGACUGUGCAACAUAUCAAGAACGAGUUUACCACCAGCGUCUACGAGUAUCACGCUCGCAUUGCUUUGGAGAAGGGUGACCUGGGUGAGUAUAAUCAGUGCCAAACACAGCUACGGGCGCUGUACAAACAGAACCUCGGCGGUCAUCCUGUGGAGUUCAAGGCAUAUCCAGACAAGAAGGAACCUGCGAUCAAGCAUGCGCUGGAAGUGCGCUCUGCUCUUGCUCUCGGAAAUUAUCACAAAUUCUUCAAGUUGUACCUCACCGUGCCCGACAUGGGGGCAUAUUUGAUGGAUAUGUUCGUAGAACGUGAGAGACUAGCUGCACUAGCCUGCUUGUGCAAAGCGUAUAAACAAGAUGUACGGUUGCGCUUCGUAACCGAAGAACUCGGUUUCGAGUCAGACGAAGAAGCCUGCCAAUUCAUCCUCGACCAUGCUCCGGAAGAUUCGUCGAACUUGCUUGAAGAACGUGACGGCGAUGUUCGCUUCUUGACGGCAAAGGCGGGGAAUAUCUUCCAGAUUGCAAAGAACAGAGCCUUUGGGCAAGUCGACAUUAAGGGUCAAAUAUGA